AUGCACAUCCCACUCCCCACCGUCGCUCUCACUCUCGCUACUCUCCUCCCUCUCAUCCACGCUAUCGCUCUCCCCGCCGGCACCCUCGAAACGCGAACCGAAAACCUCAUACCCUAUAAACUCCGCAACAUUUCCCCCCGUCAAGUAAUAAAGCGAAAGGGAACUCAUACUGCUUCGAAUGCAUUCUGUCCCUCCCCCCGCACAGCCUACUGCUGCAACAGCAACACGAAAUCAGGAGAAACAAUUUGUAAAUGGAAUGGGGAUGGAAAUUUAGCGGGCUGUGAGUUGGUUACGGGCGGGGAAAGUGUUUGUUGUGGGGAGAGGGGGUGUGAGGGAUUGGUUGGGGUGAGGGGGAGGGUUAGUGUGGUUGGGGGUGGUGUUUAG